UUCUUCAUCCACACAUCAAUUUCUUUCAUUUCUCCUUUUGUUCCCCCUUCCUUUUCAUCUCCAGCCUCUUUGGUUGUUCAUCUUUUUCCCCCAGCAAGUUUCAUUCUCUCUCCCUUCCCCAACACCAGAUCUGGGUUCGAUUAAACGCAGCAGUUGUUCAUCUUCUUCCCCCAGCAAGUUUCAUUUUCUCUUUCCCUUCCUCGACACCAAAUUUGGGUUCUCUUUCCUCUUCCUUUCCUUUGCCUUUUGCAAACCCUUCCCCAAGGCAGAGUAAGGAGUAGAGCCAAGAACUUUGAACCCAACAACUAUUGGGUUCCUUCAAACCCAACAGCUUUUCUCCUCUUUUCCUCUUAGAUUUGAAAUUUUGAAACGAACUUUGUUUCCUGGAUCUUGUUUGGUGAGAGAGAAAACAUGAUGGUUGAUAAAGAAGAUCUGGGUUUGAGUCUUAGCUUGAGUUUUUCUUAGAUUCACCAUAUUCCAAUGAAUUAGGGUAUAUUUUGAGAUUUGAUUUGAGGUGGUCCUAGAUCUGUCAGGUGCAGAAGCAAUGGGCAACGAACAACCUUAUCUGGAAGAGAAAGAGGUGAAGAAGAUCUGAUUCCAUGUCUUCUACUCACAACAAAGCACCCAAAAUCUGCACUGAGCCUUUGCUUGAUGCCCCUGUCUCCCUCAAGACACGUAAAAAAACCUGGCAUGUUGCUUUGUCUACCCUCUAUUGCACAAGAACUCUGUUAUCUAUCGCCAGGAACAAGGUUCCGCCCAUUCCUUCUCAUGUCACUCUCACAAUUCCCUCGGAAAACAAUCGCCUCAGAAUUGUUGAGACCACUCUCACUGACCCUCUCAGGGAGAAAAAUCUGAUAGAGCUUCAAAAAGUUCCUUCUCAAGUUGCAAUCACAAUUCCAGCGGAGGAAAGUGCAUUUUUCAAAAUUGACAAGACCACUCUCAGCGGACUUGUCAAGGAGAAAAAUCUAGGAGAGCUUCAAAAACAUGGCGGCAUCAACGGAGUAGCUUCUUCUCUGGAAACCAGCCCGGACGAUGGAAUCAAUGGCAAUGAUGACGAUCUUACUCGGCGACAGAUAGCAUUUGGCUUCAACACAUACAAUAAGCUGAGUUUCUACCCUUUUGUUGUGGAGGCUUUCAAAGAUCCCACUGUUUUGAUCCUCCUCGCCUGCGCAGCACUUUCCCUUGGGUUCGGCAUCAAGGGGCAUGGCCUGAGAGAAGGGUGGAUUGAGGGUGGAAGCAUAUUCGUUGCCGCUUUUUUAGUCAGCGCCAUCUCUGCCAUCAGCAACUACAGGGAGACCAGGCAGUUCGAGGAAAUGUCUCCAAUCAGCAACAAUAUUGAAAUUGAUGUCAUUAGAGGCGGUCAACGGAAAAAGGUUCAAAUUUUUUAUUUAGUCGUUGGGGAUAUUGUUUGCCUGAAGAUCGGUGACAAAGUUCCAGCAGAUGGGUUGUUUGUUCCUGGAAAUUCUCUGCAGGUAGUGGAAUCAAGCAUGACAGGGAAGGAUGAUCAUGAUGAGGAGAAUUUAAGGCAAAAUCCAUUCAUGUUAUCUGGUACUAAGGUGGCCAAUGCGGAUGCUCGGAUGCUCGUCACUUCCGUUGGAAUGAACACCACCUGGAAGCAAAUGAUGAGCAAAAAAUCUGUUGAGAACGACCACACACCUCUGCAAAUCAAAGUGAAGAAGCUAGCGCGGUCCGUGCGUAAGAUUAGUGACAUCAUUCUUAUACUACUUGUUGUUGUCAAUAACUUCACCAACAAUGCAAUCGACGAGAAUAAAAACACAGAAGACAGCAACAAGACAAAAGCACAAAAUGUAGUGAAUGCUGUGAAGGGUAUUGUUGCUGCUGCGGCUAUUAUUGUCAGUGUUGUGGUCCCCGAAAGCUUACCCUUGAUUGUUAAGCUCACUCUAGCAAAAGCCAUGGAGAAAAUGAAGGUUGUGGCCUCUGCUUUCGAUACUGCGGGCUCUGUCAGCGUCAUUGUCACCAACAAAACCGCUACUCUUACGCUUAACCAGAUGAAGGUGGAGGAGUCUUGGAUUGGACAUGAAUCCAUACAUAAAGUUGAUACUUCUACUUCUUCUUUGAUUUCUGGCUUGAUCCAUCAAGGAGUUGCUCUAAACACUACCGGUGGUGUUUAUAGAAGUUCUUUAGGAGCCGAAUUCGAAUUCUCAGGCAGUCCAACUGAAAAGGCAAUUCUUUCUUGGGCUUCCCCGGUGAUGGAGAUGAAGUUAUUGAAGCAGAAUUUCACGAUUUUAUUUACAGAGGCUUUCAAUUCCAAGAAGAAACGCAGUGGUGUUCUGGUCAAGAAGAAAAAAGAUAACACAAUUCAUGUUCAUUGGAAAGGAGAAGCAGAUACGAUUCUAGCAAUGUGCUCAAGAUAUUAUGAUGUCUCUGGAAAUGAGAAAUAUCUUAACCGUGAAGAAAGGAUGAAAUUCAAGAAAAUUAUUCAGGGAAUGGCGAAGGGAGGUCUCCGGUGCAUUGCUUUGGCCCACAAACAAGUUAUUGAAGAAGCGGCUGAGGAAGAUUUCAAAGAGAGGAAAAGGCUUGAAAAAGAAAACUUGAUCCUGUUAGCAUUAUUGGGCAUUGAGGACCGAUGCCAGGAUUGGGUGAGGCGAGCCGUGGAAGAUUGCAAACAGAAAACCGGCGUGAACAUCAAAUUGAUCACCGGUGACAAUGUCUUCACUGCAAAAGCUAUAGCUAGUAAGUGUGGGAUUCUCCAACCGGCUGAGGAAAAGGAAAGUAGUUCUGUCAUGGAAACCGGCGAAUUCAUCAGGAAAUAUACACCAGAGCAGAGGAAGCAGAUAAUCGACAAAAUCUGCGUCGUGGCAGGAGCAUCCCAAGUAAGAAACGUCUUGUGUUGCAAUGCCUGAAAGAUAAAGGACACGUAGUUGCAGUCGCCGGUAUAAACGAUCCUGAGGUAC